AUGGACCCGGGGCCCUCGUCUGCCAGCGCUGACCCGUCCCCGCCAGAGGAGGAGGAAGAGGAGGAGGAGGAGCGCGACAGCAGCACCGGGAGCACGUGGGUGGUCGUGCCGGGGAGCGAGGUGCUGGGUGCCGACGCGCCCAAGGUCGUCGGCUGGGAGGAGCUUCAGCAGGAGCUCGCGCGCCUCUGGAGCCUGUCCGCCGCGCUCGCCGCCGCCAGGGACCGCAAGGCCGGCCUCGCCGCGCGCCUCGAGUCCGCGCUCGAGGCAAGAAAAGCAGUUCUUCAGCAGGAUAAUGAGUUGGCUGAGAUGAGGCAGAGAUUGCAAUCACAUGCUGAUUUUAUGGGGGAAUUGAGGAUGCAAACGAAGGAAGUGUCUGCGAAUGUUGAGGAUCGAAGGGAGCAACUUUGUGUCAAGAUCAGAACACUGACAGUAGCAGACAAAACUGUUGGUGCAGCACAAAGUAAAUUACAGGAACCUUGUAAAUUGCUGUCUGGGGAACGUGGCCAUGGUCGUCUUAAAGGUCUGGAACGAAUGUUACGGAUGAGACAACAAUACAUGAUAGGACAAGUUGCUCAGAUAUAUCCCGUGAGGCCCUUGAAUGAGCAAUCUCCAAUUGUAAAGCCUGGAUUAAACUCUAGUAUCACUAGAACAGGAGUUGGUGAAGCAGUGUCGCCCAAUGGUUCCCAAAACGGACAGACACCUUUGGCCAUUUUGGGUCUACAGUUAUCAAAGCUUUCUAUAAAAAAGACCAGCUACUUCAGUGACAAGACAGAGAUUCAAAAGUCUGCUACUCUUCUUGGAUAUGUUGCACAUGUAUGUAUUUAA